UUCCCUAGAGAAGACACACAGUGGAAGCUUCCUCGACCAACAAUGGAGAAGAACAAAACCGAUGCUCCAAUUCAAAUCACAACUGAGAAGAUUCUUAUCGAAGCUAAGGAACUCCAAGAGACCAAAAUCUGCACUCCGAAACAAAAAUGCCCACGUUCCGUUUCUGAAGUUGAUGACUUAAACCACACGCUAUUAAAUUACUCAUGCAAGAUUGUGGUAUUUGAAAACGAAGUGAGGGAAAAUCCUUUCAACUAUGAUUCCUGGUUUGAAUAUAUACGAUUGGAAGAAAGUGUAGGGGAUAAGGAAAAAACUAGGGAGGUUUAUGAGAGAGCUAUAUCUAAUGUUCCUCCAAAUCAGGAAAAGAUUUCAUGGCGGCGCUAUAUUUAUCUGUUGAUUAAUUAUGCACGUUAUGAAGAGUUUGAUACUAGAAAUAUGGAGCGAGCAAGAGAUGUGUACAGGAAUUUUCUCAAACUGAUGGCUCACAAGAAGUUCUCAUCUGCAAAGUUAUGGCUUCUAGCAGCACAGUUUGAAAUACGUAUGCUGAAUUUCAAAGGUGCUCGUCGAAUAUUAGAUUAUGCUAUUGGAAAGGCUCCUAAACAUAAGCUAUUUAAGAAGUAUAUAGAAAUGGAAUUGGAGCUUGGUAAUACAGAUCGAUGCAGGAAAUUGUAUGUAAAUUAUCUGGAGUGGUCAGCUGACAAAUGCAAAGCAUGGAGCAAGUAUGCAGAAGAUUUGGAGAGAUCUUUAUCAGAGACUGAACGAGCUAGAGCAAUAUUUGAGUCUGCAAUUGCUCGACCAGAAUUGGUAAAGCAAGAGUUGUUUUGGAAGGCAUUCCAUGAUUUUGAGACUGCUAAGUGUGAAUUUGAGAGAACAAGAGUGCAUUAUGAAAGAAUUCCUAAUCGUAAAAAGCAGCACUUGGAGAUAUGGAUAAGCUAUGCAGAGUUUGAAGCAACAGCUACUUAUAAAGCGGGUUUAGAACAAAAGAAGCAAUGCAUUGAGCAUGCCAGAAGGGUGUUUGAGGAAGCUGUGAGUUACAUCACAUCAUCAGCUCCAGAUUCAAGAGAAGAAAGGGCGAUGCUUUUGGUGAAAUGGCUUAACUUGGAGGCUUCAUCUGGAGAGUUGGGUGAUGUUAGCUUGGUCCUGCCUAAGCUGCCCAAGAAGCAACAGAAGAAGAGACGAAAACUUACUACCGAAGAUGGUUCUUCUAGAAUUGAAGAAUUUUUCAACUAUCGAUUCCCUGAGGAAACUCAGGUAAACCAUCUCAAGAAGCAAAAGUUGUAACAGAGAAAUGUAUAUUAGUUUCUUAUUUGGAAAAAGUUUGUAACAGAGACGUGCCUUUGAGGAACAUCUGCUUUCCUAACAUU